CCCGCUCAACAGCCUCGGAGGCGGCUGGUCCCGGCGCGGGCGCAGCGGCUGCGGGGAGCGGGGAGCCCGGAGAAGGUGCGGGGCGGGGACGCGGCCACCGCCCGCUCUGCGCCGCUCCUCCCCACGCGAGUGGCGCUCGGGCCGGGCGUCGAGGCGGCCGCGGCGACCCGGAGCUCGCUCCCCACCCACCCCGCCUGCUCCGCCCUCCCCUCCGCCCCGCGCCACCUUUGAUGGCUCGGACCUCGGCCGGCCGCCGCCUGCCUAGCUCGCGCGCCCGCCGCCCGCGGGGACCCCUCGCUCGCCGCCGCCGCGCCCUCGCCAGCCUUGCAGCCCGCAGCCCGCAGCCCGGACCCGGAGCCACCGAGAUCUUAUAUAAGUUCCUUUCAUCAUGGGAGAAAUAGAGCAGAAGCCCACCCCAGCAUCACGUCUGGGGGCCCCAGAGAACUCGGGGAUCAGCACCUUGGAACGAGGACAGAAACCACCGCCCACACCUUCAGGAAAACUUAUGACUGUCAAAAUUCAGAUGCUGGACGACACCCAGGAGGCCUUUGAAGUUCCACAACGAGCGCCAGGGAAGGUUCUGUUUGACGCCGUGUGCAACCACCUCAACCUUGUGGAGGGCGACUACUUCGGCCUGGAGUUCCCUGACCACAGGAAGAUCGUGGUGUGGCUGGAUCUCCUGAAGCCCAUUGUGAAGCAGAUUCGAAGACCGAAGCACGUCGUUGUUAAAUUUGUUGUGAAAUUCUUCCCUCCCGACCACACACAGCUCCAGGAAGAACUUACCAGGUACCUGUUCGCUCUGCAGGUGAAGCAGGACUUGGCUCAAGGCAGGCUGACGUGUAACGACACCAGUGCCGCUCUCUUGAUCUCACACAUUGUACAGUCGGAGAUUGGGGAUUUCGAUGAAGCUUUGGACAGAGAACACUUAGCAAAAAAUAAGUACGUACCUCAACAGGAUGCGCUGGAAGACAGAAUCAUGGAGUUCCACCACAGCCACGUUGGACAAACCCCGGCAGAGUCAGAUUUCCAGCUCCUAGAGGUGGCCCGUCGGCUAGAGAUGUACGGAAUCCGGUUACACCCUGCCAAGGACAGGGAAGGCACCAAGAUCAACCUGGCUGUCGCCAACACUGGAAUUCUAGUGUUUCAGGGCUUCACGAAGAUCAAUGCUUUUAACUGGGCCAAGGUGCGGAAGCUGAGCUUCAAGCGGAAGCGCUUUCUUAUCAAGCUCAGACCUGACGUGAAUAGCUCAUACCAGGACACCUUGGAGUUCCUGAUGGCCGGCCGAGACUUCUGCAAGUCUUUCUGGAAAAUAUGUGUGGAGCACCAUGCCUUCUUCAGACUCUUCGAAGAACCUAAGCCAAAGCCAAAGCCUGUUCUCUUCAGCCGAGGGUCGUCCUUCCGGUUUAGUGGUCGGACUCAGAAGCAAGUUCUUGAUUAUGUUAAAGAAGGCGGCCACAAGAAGGUGCAGUUUGAAAGAAAGCACAGCAAGAUCCACUCCACCAGGAGCCUGGUCUCACAGCCCACAGCACCGAAUUCAGAAGUGCCAAAACAGUCUCCACAGAGCGCAAGCCUUACGUUUGGAGAAGGUACCGAGUCUCCGGGUGGCCAGAGCUGCCAGCAAGCGAAGGAAACAAAAGCCUGUACCUUGGAGUUGGGACCUCACCAAAGCCCCGCCCUCCCUAAGAGCCCUCCAGGGAGCAAAGCUGCAGAUGGAACCACCGUGGUGCCGCCUGAGGAAGAAGAGGAGGAAGAGGGUGGCAAGGACGGCAUCCGGCCAAGUAACCCUCAGCCCCCGCAGCCAAGCACAGGUCCAGCAUCCCGGGCUGCUGGAGGCAGUAGCAAUUCCAUUCCCUUCAUUGACUGUAGUGAUGUAGAUAGUGAAUAUGACCUUCUCAGAGAACCAGGGUCCCAGUCACGUUCCCAAACAAAUGACAACUAUGAAGGUGAUUUGACUAGUGGUGUUUAUCUACUGUCCGGGGAUGAGAGGCGAGCAGAGACCAGGCACAGGGCUUCCCCUCCCUCUACAAAGCCUUCCCGUCCUCCUUCAGGGGAGUUUCUUGAUGAUGAUUCGGCAGAUAUUACCUUUGAUCUGAGUGGGAGCCCUGGGCUCCCAAGACAUAGCUCCCUGAUAGAUGACAUGUUCAGGGCCUCUACUGGCCACAGCCCCCUGGCCACCCCACUGUCUCCCUGCAGCAGAAGUUCAAGUCCAGAUAUGAGUUGGGACAGGACUAGGUCCCAAGGCUAUGUUUCUGAAAAUGGACAUGACCUUCAGGAAAAGAGUAUGGGAGAAGACACUGUCCCAAAGCAGGGUCCUCCGUACGAAAACUGCUCCCCCGACCUGCCGAGGCCAUACUUGAGGAAUCUUCCUAGCAGAUACAAUAAGUCAGAGACAGAUCCGCUCAUCCUUAGCCAGGCAGCCCCCACCCCAGAGGCCGUGGAGAGGUUUGAUGACCAGGAAGAGGAAGAGGAAGGGUUGACCCACAUGGCCACUCCCCAAGGCUCCCUGACUGGUAGCCCUCACCUUUCAGAGCUGUCCAUCAACUCACAGGGAGGAGCCGCCCCAGCCAACGUGACCCUGUCUCCCAACCUGAGUCCUGACAACAAGCAGGCCUCUCCCCUGAUCAGCCCGCUCCUGAACGACCAAGCGUGCCCAAGGACCGACGACGAAGAAGAGGGCCGGCGAAAGAGAUUCCCAACCGACAAGGCGUACUACAUUGCUAAGGAAGUCUCCACCACAGAGCGCACGUACCUGAAGGACCUUGAGGUCAUUGCUUCGUGGUUUCAGAGCACAGUCAGCAAAGAGGACUCCAUGCCCGAAGCCUUGAAGAGUCUCAUAUUCCCAAAUUUUGAACCUUUGCACAAGUUCCAUACCAAUUUUCUGAAGGAAAUUGAGCAACGACUUGCCCUGUGGGAAGGCCGCUCAAAUGCCCACGUCAGAGGAGAUUACCAAAGAAUCGGGGACGUCAUGCUGAAAAACAUUCAGGGCAUGAAGCACCUGGCGGCCCACCUGUGGAAGCACAGUGAGGCCCUGGAGGCCCUGGAGACCUCCAUCAAGGGCUCGCGGCGGCUGGAACAUUUCUGCCGAGACUUCGAGCUGCAGAAGGUGUGUUACCUGCCGCUCAACACCUUCCUCCUGCGCCCGCUGCACCGGCUCAUGCACUAUAAGCAUGUCCUGGAGAGGCUGUGCAAGCACCACCCACCAAACCACGCCGACUUCAGGGACUGCAGAGCUGCGCUGGCGGAGAUCACAGAGAUGGUGGCACAGCUGCAUGGUACCAUGAUCAAGAUGGAGAACUUCCAGAAGCUGCAUGAGCUCAAGAAAGAUCUGAUCGGCAUUGACAAUCUUGUGACCCCAGGAAGGGAGUUCAUCCGCCUGGGCAGCCUCAGCAAGCUCUCCGGGAAGGGGCUUCAGCAGCGCAUGUUCUUCCUGUUCAACGAUGUCUUGCUGUAUACCAGCCGGGGACUGACGGCAUCUAAUCAGUUUAAAGUCCACGGACAGCUCCCACUCUAUGGCAUGACGAUCGAGGAGAGUGAGGAGGAGUGGGGUGUGCCCCACUGCCUGACCCUGCGGGGCCAGCGGCAAUCUAUCAUCGUGGCUGCCAGUUCCCGGUCAGAGAUGGAAAAAUGGAUGGAGGACAUCCAGAUGGCCAUUGACCUGGCAGAGAAAAGCAAUGGACCCACCCCCGAGCUCCUUGCCAGCAGCCCCCCUGACAACAAGUCCCCGGAUGAAGCCACAGCGGCUGACCAGGAGUCAGAGGAUGACCUGAGUGCCUCUCGGACAUCGCUGGAGCGCCAGGCCCCUCACCGUGGCAACACGAUGGUGCACGUGUGCUGGCAUCGCAGCACCAGUGUCUCCAUGGUGGACUUCAGCAUUGCUGUGGAGAACCAGCUCUCUGGGAACUUGCUGAGAAAGUUCAAGAACAGCAAUGGCUGGCAGAAGCUGUGGGUGGUAUUCACCAACUUCUGCCUGUUCUUCUACAAAUCACACCAGGACAGUCACCCCCUUGCCAGCCUGCCUCUGCUGGGCUACUCCCUCACCAUCCCCUCUGAGUCUGAGAACAUCCACAAGGACUAUGUGUUCAAGCUGCAUUUCAAGUCCCACGUGUACUACUUCAGGGCUGAAAGCGAAUACACAUUUGAAAGGUGGAUGGAAGUGAUCCGAAGUGCCACCAGCUCAGCCUCUCGGGCCCACAUCUUGAGUCACAAAGAAUCUCACCUGUACUGACGGCUGGACACGCCCACUGGCUGCGCCAGCCACGGAUGCUUUCCUGGAGGAUAGAAUGAAGCCUAGCAAAAUCCACACCUGUGUGAACACGUUGAAGAUCUGCAGUGGUUCUUGCCCACAUCCCUUCAUGGGCCUAUCUCCAAACAUUGUCUUCCCCAUACCAACCUCUUUGGACAGCCUUUCCCUCCAGGCCUAGGGGGUGGGAGGGCGGUGUCUUGCCAUUCUCCAGGGGCGCUUUAGUUUGUGCCACUACUGACACAUUGUCAUCAAGAGUGCCAAACGACAGUCUCGUCCUGCAGCAUGGCCAGCGCAGGGCCAUACAUCCGUUCACCUGCAGACUGCUGUUUCCCAAACGGAUUUUUCCAGUGUUCACAACACAUGGCGCAGUCUUAAGUAAAUGAGAUCAUUUUGGAUUUCAUUUUUUUUUCCAAUCUUUCUACUUUUAUAAUAGGACAUUCGUAGGACUCAACUUUUCUCAGAUAAGCAACUUGUGGAGUACUCCAUUCCACCGAAGGGGUGGGCUCCAGCGAGACCCUGGUCGCCACACCUACUUUCUUGGCGGAAGUUGACCAAGCUGUUUGUGAUUCCUAUUUACAAGAUGUAGUGGGGUUGUUUUCUGUGGAGAAGCAGAUACCCAGUGCAAUACGUGGGCGUCAGCGCCCUGUGCGUGGCGUGUACAGUGGCGGCUCCUAGGCCGUGAUGUUUUGCUGUCUGUUUCACAAGCAUGAGAAGCUGUAUGUCGUUGACUGGGGUCGUCUGUGCUGUUACAUGGGGGGCAUUGAGUGAGCUUCUCGGGAGAAGCAUCGUAUGGUAAUGGUACGUAGUCCCAGCCCCAGUGAUUGGCCCCAAUUCCCUGCAAGGCCGUGGUUUGGUUUGAACCUGCACAUUCUCUAGUAGUAUCUAUUGUACCUGUCUCCAAGUCUUUCUCUUUUUAUACUCAUUCCUUCUGGGCAUGGGGUACAGACAGGAUGACAGCCCACAUCCUGGACAGACUCCUCUGGGGGACCUGGCUGCCAAACACUACCUGAGCCUCCCAGUGGAAAACUGUUUGCCUGUUCUCUAGGGCAGCUGGGUCGCUGUCAUUCCCUUCAUGCAUAGAAUCCUCUAUAACGCAAGCUGGCCAGGUCUGCAGUCCCCUCUCCCUGUGCCCUAUACCCCAGCAAGGGCCUUCUUACCUGAAAACAACCCAUCAACAUUGAGGGGUCGUGACUAGUGUCAGAGAUUCACAUGGAUAAGGAGUAAGAUGUAUCAAUCAUUUGCCUUACAAUGUACCAGAUGGUUCUAAGUACUAACAAAAGGGAAUAAAAAUACCUCACACCAUGAUCCAGCACAUACAAGUCUGAGGCAAAACCA